CAACAGAGAGUAGCUGAUAUGAUGAGGCUAGCCUCGAUAAUAAUAGCCGGUACAAACACGAUGCAACGCUAGAUAAAAAUAGCCCUGAAUGCACCCUGCGGAGAAAUACCCCAAUCGGGAAAUUUGCCUCCACACGUGGUCGAUCCGGGCCGACAGAAAGACAUCAUUUUGAGACAUGCAGACCCUAUGUUGAUGUCCGGAAGGAGACAGGUUAUCUCCCAGGUAUAUCCCUCGAAGCUAUAUAAACCUCUUGAUCUCCCGGUCAAUUGGACUCAUCAUCACUCAAUCAAUCAAUCAGUCAAUCACUACUACUCUAAUACCAACUCUCGUUAAACCAAACAACCAUCACAAUGAAGCUCGCUACCAUCCUCUCCGUCCUCCCCAUGGCCUUCGCCCUGCCCACCAGCAGCGGCCAGGCCAAGCGCUCCAACGGUGCCUUCUCCGUCAUGUCCGCUCGCUCUGCCUCCCCCAUCCACCUCCUCCCCUUGAACGCCGACGGCAGCUACUUCUACCUCGGCGGCGAGGCGUCGACCUACUGCCCCGAGACCGUCUCCAAGGUCGCCCCCUGCCCCAAGGGCGAUGUGACCGCUUUCGUCGGCACCGGCGCUGCCCUUGACGUCUCCGUUCCCGGCGGCCAGGCCGUCUACGUUGACUCCAACGGUGCCCUGCGCUUCACCACCCCCCACUCCGGCUACAUGGGUGAGGGUGCCUCCACCGGUCCCUUCGAGCGCACUCCCGCCAGCACCCCCACUGGCUUCGGCCACUGGGCUUACAAGGGCCAGGGUGCCUCUGGCUUCAUGGCUUGCCCUGCCGACGACAACAAGUGGCAGGUGUUUGCUUCGCUGCAGAACGCUACCGUUCCUCAGGGUGACGUUAGCGAGUGUCUUGGUUUCUCUGCUAUGGCCGUGCAGGCUCGGCAGAACGCCACCGCUGCUUGGGAGUACGUCUAAGCACAUAAUGCAGUGGUGCGAUUACGCUGGAAAGGAGGAAAGAUAGGGUGAUAAGUGCAUGU